CUCCCGCCCGGCGCCGGGCAAUGGCGCUGCUGCGGGACGUGUCGCUGCAGGACCCGCGGGACCGCUUCGAGCUGCUGCAGCGCGUGGGGGCCGGGACCUAUGGCGACGUCUACAAGGCCCGCGACACGGUCACUUCCGAACUGGCCGCGGUCAAGAUAGUCAAGCUAGACCCAGGGGACGACAUCAGCUCCCUCCAGCAGGAAAUCACCAUACUGCGUGAGUGCCGUCACCCCAAUGUGGUGGCCUACAUUGGCAGCUACCUCAGGAAUGACCGCUUGUGGAUCUGCAUGGAGUUCUGCGGAGGGGGGUCCCUGCAGGAGAUUUACCACGCCACUGGGCCCCUGGAGGAACGGCAGAUCGCCUAUGUCUGCCGAGAGGCACUGAAGGGGCUGCACCACUUGCAUUCUCAGGGGAAGAUCCACAGAGACAUCAAGGGAGCCAAUCUUCUCCUCACUCUCCAGGGAGAUGUCAAGCUGGCUGACUUUGGGGUGUCAGGCGAGCUGACGGCGUCCGUGGCUAAGAGGAGGUCUUUCAUUGGGACUCCAUACUGGAUGGCCCCAGAGGUGGCUGCUGUGGAGCGCAAAGGAGGCUACAAUGAAUUGUGUGACGUCUGGGCCCUGGGCAUCACAGCCAUCGAGCUGGGCGAGCUGCAGCCCCCUCUGUUCCAUCUGCACCCCAUGAGGGCCCUGAUGCUCAUGUCGAAGAGUAGCUUCCAGCCGCCCAGGCUGAGAGACAAGACUCGUUGGACCCAGAAUUUCCACCAUUUCCUCAAGCUAGCCUUGACCAAGAACCCCAAGAAGAGGCCCACAGCAGAGAAGCUUCUGCAGCACCCGUUCACAACCCAGCACCUCCCUCGGGCUCUUCUCACACAGCUGUUGGACAAAGCCAAUGACCCCCACCUGGGAACCAUCUCCCCAGAGGACUGUGACCUAGAGACUUACGACAUAUUUCCAGACACCAUUCACUCCCGGGGUCAGCACGGCCCAGCCGAAAGGACCCCCUCGGAGAUCCAGUUUCACCAGGUGAAAUUUGGUGCCCCACGCAGGAAGGAAACAGACCCACUAAAUGAGCCGUGGGAGGAGGAGUGGACACUGCUGGGAAAGGAGGAGCUGAGUGGGAGCCUGCUACAGUCGGUUGAGGAGGCCCUAGAGGAAAGGAGCCUGACCAUCCGGCCAGCCUUGGAACUCCAGGAGCUGGACUCCCCAGGCGACACCAUAGGAACCAUCAAGCGGACCCCAUUCUUGGGGCCGGCCCCCCCUGAGCCUCCAGCGGAAGACCCUCUAUCCAGCCCUCUGGGAACCUCACCUCCACCUCUCCCAGGCCCUGCCAACCCCCCUCUGCUCCCCACUGCCUGGGCUACCAUGAAGCACAAAGAGGAUCCAGAGAGAUCAUCGUGCCACGGGCUCCCCCCAACCCCCAAGGUGCACAUGGGUGCCUGCUUCUCCAAGGUCUUCAAUGGUUGCCCCCUGCGGAUCCAUGCUGCUGUCACCUGGAUUCACCCUGUCACCCGGGACCAGUUCCUGGUGGUGGGGGCCGAGGAAGGCAUCUACACCCUCAACCUGCAUGAACUGCAUGAGGAUACACUGGAGAAGCUGAUUUCACCCCGCUGCACCUGGCUCUACUGUGUGAAUAACGUACUGCUGUCACUCUCAGGGAAAUCCACGCACAUCUGGGCCCAUGACCUUCCAGGCCUGUUUGAGCAGCGAAGACUUCAGCAACAGGUUCCCCUCUCCAUCCCCACCAACCGCCUCACGCAGCGCAUCAUUCCCAGGCGCUUUGCCUUGUCCACCAAGAUUCCAGACACCAAAGGCUGCCUGCAGUGUCGUGUGGUGCGGAACCCCUACACUGGCAGCACCUUCCUACUGGCUGCCCUGCCUGCCAGCCUGCUCCUGCUACAGUGGUACGAGCCUCUCCAGAAGUUCCUGCUGCUGAAGAACUUCUCCAGCCCCUUGCCCAGCCCAGCAGGGAUGCUGGAGCCACUGGUGCUGGAUGGGAAGGAGUUACCGCAGGUGUGUGUCGGGGCUGAGGGCCCCGAGGGGCCUGGCUGCCGAGUUCUCUUCCACAUCCUGCCCCUGGAGGCCGGUUUGACGCCUGAUGUCCUCAUACCACCUGAGGGGCUCCCGGGCACAGCCCACCAGGUGAUCCAGGUGGACAGGGACACAGUCCUGGUCUGCUUUGACCGCUGCGUGAGGAUCGUCAACCUGCUGGGCGAGCCCACGGCCAUCCUAGCACCCCUGCUGACUUUUGACUUCCCCAUCGAGACUGUGGUGUGUCUGCAAGACAGCGUGCUGGCCUUCUGGAGCCAUGGAAUGCAAGGCCGUAGCCUGGACACCAACGAGGUGACCCAGGAGAUCACAGAUGAGACAAGGAUCUUCCGAGUGCUUGGGGCCCACAGAGAUAUCAUCCUUGAGAGCAUUCCCACUGACAACCCUGGGGCUCACAGCAACCUGUACAUUCUAACGGGCCACCAGAGCAGUUACUGAGAGGGCCAGGUCUGGCCAGUGGCAUCCCCUCACCCUGCCCCCAGGCCUUAGCUGCCUUCUCUUUUAGGCAAAAGGGCCCCUCCCAGGUCAGAGGAGCCCAGGCUCUGCUGGUCUGAAGGGCAGAAAUAAUCCUGAGAAGAGUUUUGGGGCUGCAGAGGAGAGGAGAGCCGACCCCAGACCUCCCAGGCCCCGCAAAACUGGACCAGAGGAAGCUGCUGUCACCUCCCCCUCCCCUGUGGGCAGCCCAAGCCCUGUGGCAAGCGCCCCGGGCAGGGUGGGAGCAGGCCCAGGCAAUCCAUUCCAUUUUGUUCCACAUGUCCUUUCCAUUCUUCCAGCCAAGAGCCUGCCCCUGUACCCUGCCCUGGGGAACAUGGUAUUUAAGAGAGAAACUAUAUUGGUAUUAAAGCUGGUUUGAUUUUA